AUGCUCUCACAACCCAUGUGUCGGAGUUUGCGUGGCCAUUCGGCUUCGAACGAGCCUCCUGCUGCAAGAUUGUUUCACUCCCUACAAAUGGCUUCCGGGGAUAUUGAUAAUGCUGCUAAUGAUCGUGUUUUGCAAAAGCUGGAGGAAGUGCUCAAUCGAAUGACCCGACUGGAGACCAAAGUCGACGGACUGCAGACCAAAGUCGACGGACUGGAGACCAAAGUCGACGGACUGGAGGAAGCCAUGGGGACUUUUAGGCGGGCCCUUGAAGAUCAGUACAGAAUAUUGCCAGUAGCAGAAGAUGACGCUUCUUCCACUCAUGCCAGUAACGCAUGGCACCAACAAGUCAAAGAUUACUAUCCGCAAUUCGUUGUGAAUGAUACGUUGGUCUGCUGUGUGCUUUCGUCUUUGUUCGCCAAAAUGGACCAUGGAGGGCUUGGAACAGUGUCUUUUGAACGCUGGUGCUUUGCUGUAUGUGAACACAUCAUCCCCCGAAAAGAUGCAGAUGUUGCUCGAAAACUCGGAUUUGGCAAGGACGACCCACAGAACGGAUUGCCUUUGUUUGGACACCUCGAGAAAACAUACCAGGCAAGACGCUGGUCACUAAUGCGUGCCAACCAGAGUGAUUUUGGCGUGGAGUUCACCAUAUAUGUGAGCGAUGAGUUGCGACAUGAGACCAUCAAGUACAGGGAUGGGACGGUCGUGGUAGCCUGUCCCAUGCAUCGCUACUACAGUUACUACAGCAGGAGCAAUGAGGAGCUCACCUUUGGACACCUACAUGGCAAGACGAUCCGGAUGCAGAAGCACCCUUACGCGAGAAGCUUGUUUGUCAAGGCAAAAAUGGCGCACAGCAGACACCAGGAGCUACCCAACCCUGAUGACCAUGGUUCUAAGUUCCGGCUGGUGCGUGCCAGGAUGAACCCCUUGCUGCUUCGCGAGGACUGGCGCCACCAGACAGAUGAGGCAGACGAAGUCACCUUUAUCUCUUCAAGAUGA